GAGAGAAAUGGGCUCAUACCAAUGCAGUGGUUAAUGACUGUCUGUUGACUUUAAGCAAGUCCACAUUUAUUUUCAAUCAUUAUUAACCACUGAGAAUUGGAGGAAGUUUUUGGCCUGAGCUAGCUAGACCCAAUAAGUGAAAAGUAAUAUUCUUCCAAAAGUUAAUCUGAAAGAUUACCACUAUCCAGACUGCUGCUUACACAACAUUAGUUAGUAUGUCUCUAUAAAUUUUCCAAUCCAUUUGGCGGUGUUCUUCAUAUGUUCUCAUUGUGACUUUUUCUUUCUGUUUUGUAGUUGUGAUGCCAUUUGAAAUGAACAAUCAGACAUUUGUCACUGAAUUCAUCUUCUUGGGAUUUUCAAGUCACUCCAACUUGCAGGGCUUCUUCUUCCUAGUCUUUUUGGCCAUUUACCUGACAACUCUCCUGGGGAACGUCCUCAUAAUAAUGGCUACCAGGAUCUAUCCUGUUCUCCACACCCCAAUGUAUUAUUUCCUCAGCAACCUGAGCUUCUUAGACAUCUGCUAUACAUCUACUACUAUUCCAGUCAUGUUGGUGAACUUCUUUCGGGAAAAAAAGACUAUCUCCUAUGAGGGCUGCCUUUCCCAGAUUUUCUUCCUUUUGACAUGUGCUGGCACUGAGGGUGUCCUACUGGCUGCCAUGGCUUAUGAUCGCUAUGUGGCCAUCUGCCAUCCUCUUCAAUAUCCAGUACUCAUGAGUGUGAAGGUCUGUGCUUGCCUGGUGACUGGGUCCUGGCUCUUUGCACUGGUGAAUUCUGUGACACAUACAGUGCUGGCAGCCAUGCUUACUCUGUGUGGGCCCAAUGAGAUCAGCCACUUUUUAUGUGACAUUCCAUUACUCCUGAAGCUCUCCUGUUCAGACACUUCUGUCAAUGAAUCUGUGCUGUAUGUGGCCAGUGCCACCAUCGGCCUGAGCCCCUGCCUGUUUACUGCAGGGUCCUACGUGCUCAUCAUCUCAGCCAUCCUUAAGAUUCCUUCUGCUACAGGCAGGAGCAAGUCCUUCUCCACUUGUGCAUCCCACCUCACUGUGGUGGUGGUCUUCUUUGGGACAGCCAUCUUCAACUAUGACAAGCCAAGUGAAGGCUAUUCUUUGGACAUGGACAUCCUGAUCUCCGUUCUCUUCUGUAUAGUGACCCCCUUGUUGAAUCCCAUCAUCUACAGCCUGAGAAACAAAGAAGUAAAGGAUGCCCUAGGGAAAUUGAUUGGAAAUUAAGGAUUCUCUGGUGAGAUCAGUAGUUAAUGUUUUUUUCUUCAAAAAAUUUCUUAGUUAAAAAAUAUAAACAUUCCAACCAUAAUUAUAGUACUCUUCUCAAUAUAUAUAGCAUCUCUUGACAUCUGUUGUGCCAUAUCCCAGA